AUGAACUGCACUCCUAAUGCCACCGUCACUCCACAGCCAGGACUUGGGCUGAGCCCAGAGGCUGGACAUGGAGGGUCCCAGGAAAGCGGUGGCGUUGCGGGAGGCAGUGGAGGACUGUGGGUGACAUCUCUGCUCGGUGCCACGCUGAUGAUCAUGUGCGUCAUGGGUGUGGCAGGCAACACGUACACACUCAUCAUUACACGCUCAGCUGCUCUGCGCCGUACGGGCUCCAUGUAUGUUUACAUCAUCAACCUGGCUCUGGCUGACCUGCUCUACCUCUCCACCAUCCCCUUUGUGGUCUGCACCUACUUCGCCCAUGACUGGCUGUUUGGUGAGGCUGGCUGUCGCAUCCUGCUGAGUCUUGACCUCCUCACCAUGCAUGCCAGUGUCUUCAUUUUGGUUGCUAUGAGCGUGGAACGCUAUCGUGCUGUGGUUAGGCCCUUCAGCGCGCACAGGUCCUCAUCCCGCCAACGACGGCUAGCGGCGGGGAUUAUCUGGGGGUUAGCUUUCCUGCUGACGCUUCCCAUGAUGGUGAUGAUCCAACUCAGGGAGGGCAAACCCACUUCAGUGAGUCUGGUUAAGAGGAUCUGUUUCCCUACCUGGACCCCUGAGGCCUUCAAGGCCUAUAUCACCGUCCUGUUUUUUACGAGUGUUUUAGUGCCUGGAUUGGUAAUCGUUGGGCUGUAUGUGGGGCUAGCCAGGCGUUAUUGGGCAAUGCAGGCUAGCUUUGGAGGUAGCAGCCACUCUGCCCGGAGGCGAGGACUCAAACAAAAAGUCGUAUCAAUGAUCUUUAGCAUCGUGGUGGCCUACUGGGCCUGUUUCUUACCUUUUUGGGGAUGGCAGCUAGCCAAACUGUUUUCCCCAGAGUCUCUCAGAGCUUUGUCUCCAGCUGCUCAUAAUUAUGUGAAUUUUUUUCUCACGUGUCUGACCUAUGGGAACAGCUGUAUCAAUCCGUUUCUUUACACUCUACUGACCCGGAACUAUAAAGAUUACUUGGCCCAGAAAGGUCAGUCUGUGGGGUCAAGCAGGGCUGACCCCGUUUCAGCUGUGACCACGCCACUGCAUGACCUUUAG